CGGUAACGUCACUAGCUCAGUAGACUAGUGUCACACGUAUCCAUCCUCAUAGUCGUUUCUACGAGGCAAAUGAUAGUUCGGGAAUUCAUGCUUCCUCCAUGAAGCCAUCAGAGCUGCUACACCGGCGACGACCGCCUUUGAACAAUUUCCUACCGGCCUUGUUGCUCCUGCUAUGCACAAUCCUCUUGUCAAACGGCGAAUAUCCGCUCGGAGCAGCUCGAGCAGAACCUGUGCCAGAAGCUUUGCCUGCCCUUCUUCAUCCGUCAUUCCAAGAUGGAUCGAACUCGCCGGCCGCUUCGAAUAUCGCUCUAGCACUGUCCGGACAAGCUCGAAGACAGUUGCUGAACGACGAAGAGCGAGCUCGCGGGGUCGCUCAAAGGGCUAGACCUCCUGGCUUCGAGGACCUGGAACUGCUGAAUAUCGUCUUGAUCACCACAAUCGACGGCGGUCUGCACGCCGUAGAGAGGUCGACGGGGCGUAAAAUCUGGUCGCAGAACGGAGUGGUCGGCUCAGACCGAGGUGGAAGGCUUAUCAAGAGCCGAUAUAACGAGAGCUCGGGAGAAGCUUAUUAUAUCGUUGACCCGCAUGAUGGCCAACUCUAUGUUCAUAUCAAAGCCGAUGGUGAUCGAGGAGGAUCUGGUGGAGCAAUGCAAAAGCUGCCUCUGAAAUUGGAAGAGCUUAUCGACCUGUCACCGUUCCAUUUCCCUCAAGACCCGGCGCACAUCUUCAUUGGAAGCAAGACUACUUCACUGGUUGGGCUCGACUUGCAGACAGGCCAAAGUGUAGGGACGUUCGGCACGAAUAGGUCAACCCCUUUGGGAGUUUGUAAGCCGGAUGGAGAGGGAUUGCACGGUAUGGAGGACGGGGAGUGUGAGAGCGAUAUCGAUGAUCGCCCAGAGGACCUCUUGUAUAUUGGUCAGACCGAUUACCACCUUGUCAUGCGAUCUCAUACGGGUGAGAUCAUACAAGACCUAUUGUACACGCGUAUGGUUCCGAAUGCUGUUCAUCGAGACCUGGCCGACUACUGGUCCAGACAUGGUCAUACCAAAGGGGAAGUUUUUAUCCGACCCGGGCGUAAAUACGGUGGAUAUGCCGGAUCGUUCAACGCAGCCAAUACGAAGGACCAGGCCGAAUACGAGGAUCGAUGGAGGGUGGAAAUGCUAUACGAUGGUACUGUCGCGGGCUUCCUGCAGGAACAAGGCUUGAGAUGGGUCGCGGAUCUGGGCAGCGUGGGGGUAUCGGUCUUUGACGUACUAUUGCCUGCCGCGCCUGGAUCAAAACCGAUAUUGUUACCUCAGCCUCCGGCAUACCUACCUACUUUGUUUCCGGAGGCUCAGAAUAACCUGCAGUUGAUGGGCCUGCCUCCAUCUGCACUUGUGCAUGAGCUGCCUGUUGCGCGAGAAGGCGAUGGCUCAAUCGAGGAACAGGGUUUCUUCGUCAUGUCGAGCGCGAAUCACCCCUUAGUCGGAUACGCGCCUCGCGCGCAACAGGGAUCACUUAUAGGCGGACAUGCUGUGCACGAGGCUGUCAGCGAGAGGCUACCGCCUCUCAUCGAUCCGGCAGAGACCGAUGAUGCUAUGGCCCGAGAAGAAAUUCGACAACCACAUGAGAAGAAAGGCGUCGACGAGGUUGAACCCGCCCGCGAAAUGCAACCGGGAUGGGCAGCGCGCUGGAAGAGAGGCCCGGAUUGGCUUUCUUUGGGUAUUAUGGGGCUGUUAGUCAUGGUCUCGCUCUGGAUCUUCACUUCGGCUCGUCGGCAGUCAGCAAGCGCAUCACCAAGCCCCAUAGAAAUGGCCACGAAAGCCGAAACGACUCAUAAAACGACAUCUAUCGCAUUCGAUAAAGCUCUUCCUGCAAUUCCGAAAGAUGAUGAGGACUCGGAAUCCACUCGGGAUAGCACGAUCUCUCCUCAAGCCGAGGCCGUCGAAGAUCAGCCUGUUGGCAAGAAAUCUAAUGGGCGACGGCGCAAGCGAGGAAAAAAGAACCGGGGGAAGCGCGAUGACCAGGGUAAUGAAGAUGAUAACGAGGAUGGCGAGAUCACUGAAGUAGAGCCGUUGGGAGAGGAGGGGGGUCAAGGGGACAUGAUCGUCGCGGCUCCGGAAUCAGGCGAGAAGCCGGAGGACGUGAUUAGAGGCCACGACGUUACCCAGGUGGACGGCUUGUCGGUCACUGAGGAUGUCAUCGGCUACGGAUCUGCCGGCACGGUCGUGUACAAAGGCGUGUUUCAAGGUCGAGCAGUCGCGGUCAAGAGGUUAUUACGAGACUUUGUCUCUAUCGCUUCACAGGAAGUCGCUUUACUACAGGCCAGUGACGACCAUCAGAACGUGAUUCGAUACUUUUACCAGGAGAAAAGGGACAAUUUCCUAUUCAUCGCGCUCGAAUUGUGCUCUGCAUCGCUCGCCGAUAUCAUCGAAAACCCUUCCGCUCACCAAGACUUGGCGAUUGGAUUCGACAGGAAGAAGUCCAUCUAUCAGAUCACCUCGGGUCUUAAACAUUUGCACAGCCUGAAGAUUAUACAUCGUGACCUCAAACCUCAAAACGUGCUCGUCUCCGUCAACAGCAAAGGGGUACAGCGCAUGCUGCUAUCCGACUUUGGAUUGGCGAAACGGCUAGAUCACGGCCAGAGCAGUUAUGCACAAACGGCCAACCACGCCGUCGGGUCCAUCGGCUGGCGCGCCCCAGAAUGUCUGAGAGGCGAAGUGCAGCUGGACGACCUGUUCGAGGACUCGUCACAAAGCUCGCUCGGGCUUUUGAACAGCAACACGGCGAGACAUCCGAGUGACGGUUCUUUGCCCGGCCGACAAGCUCGACUGACGAAAGCGGUCGAUCUAUUCUCCCUUGGGUGCAUGUACUUUUACGUCAUGACAGGGGGAUGUCAUCCGUACGGUGAUCGGUACGAGAGGGAGAUGAACAUUGUCAGAGGACAGAUUACAGGACUCGACAAGCUAGACAGCUAUGGGGAGGAUGGAUACGAAGCCAAAUGUCUGGUCACGAAGCUGUUGUCUCCGGUCUCGAGCGAAAGGCCGGAUACAUCCGUCUGCAUGGUACAUCCGAUGUUCUGGACCGCCGCUCGUCGCCUCGCAUUCCUCUGCGAUGCCUCGGAUCGAUUCGAGAUCAUGGAAUUGCAACCGCCUGAGCCGACGCUAUGUCAGCUAGAGAGCAAGGCUGGCGAGGUUAUCGGCCAGUCGUGGCAGAAGAGGCUGGAUUCGGUCUUUUUGGACAAUCUGGGCAAGCAUAGGAAAUACGACUCGAGGAGUCUGAGAGAUCUGCUACGUGCGCUGAGAAACAAGAAACACCACUAUCAAGACCUGCCCGACAAUGUCAAACGACGCCUGGGUUCACUCCCAGCAGGAUUCUUGCACUACUUUACAUCCCGCUUCCCGACCCUCUUCACCCACGUGCACUCGGUCGUACAAGGUUCCAAGCUGAGGCAUGAAUCGAUGUUUAUUGGGUAUUUCGAACAGGAGGAUUGAUCGAGGGCGAGGUCGCCGUGCUCUUUUAUUUGUAUCCAGACAGUAUCAUCGAGGUUGUAUAUACGACAGGGCAGAUAUGCCGAACCUGCGGCUACACACACCAUUUAUUGCAUUGCAUUUGCUCCUGAA